AUGUCGGGAGCCUCAGUGAAGGUGGCUGUGCGAGUGCGGCCUUUCAAUUCUCGAGAGACCAGCAAAGAGUCCAAGUGCAUCAUUCAGAUGCAAGGCAACUCCACUAGUAUUGUUAACCCAAAGAACCCAAAGGAAGCUCCAAAGUCCUUCAGCUUCGACUACUCCUACUGGUCUCACACCUCGCCUGAAGAUCCCUGUUUUGCAUCUCAAAACCGUGUGUACAAUGACAUUGGAAAGGAAAUGCUCUUACACGCCUUUGAGGGCUAUAAUGUCUGUAUUUUUGCCUAUGGGCAGACUGGUGCUGGGAAAUCGUACACAAUGAUGGGUAAACAAGAAGAAAGCCAGGCUGGCAUCAUUCCACAGUUAUGUGAAGAACUAUUUGAGAAAAUCAAUGACAACUGUAAUGAAGAAAUGUCCUACUCUGUAGAGGUGAGCUACAUGGAAAUUUACUGUGAAAGAGUACGAGAUUUGCUGAAUCCAAAAAACAAGGGUAAUUUGCGUGUCCGCGAACACCCACUUCUUGGCCCAUAUGUGGAGGACCUGUCAAAGCUGGCAGUCACUUCCUACACAGACAUUGCUGACCUCAUGGAUGCUGGGAACAAAGCCAGGACAGUGGCAGCUACCAACAUGAAUGAAACAAGUAGCCGUUCCCAUGCUGUGUUCACAAUUGUUUUCACCCAGAAGAAACACGAUACUGAGACCAACCUCUCCACUGAGAAGGUCAGUAAAAUCAGCUUAGUGGAUCUAGCAGGGAGUGAACGAGCUGAUUCAACUGGUGCCAAAGGGACUCGAUUAAAGGAAGGAGCAAAUAUUAACAAGUCUCUCACAACUCUGGGCAAAGUCAUUUCAGCCUUGGCGGAAGUGAGUAAGAAGAAGAAGAAAACUGAUUUUAUUCCCUACAGGGAUUCUGUGCUUACUUGGCUCCUUCGAGAAAAUUUAGGUGGCAAUUCUCGGACUGCAAUGGUUGCUGCUCUGAGCCCAGCAGAUAUCAACUACGAUGAAACUUUGAGCACUCUGAGAUAUGCAGAUCGUGCAAAACAAAUUAAAUGCAAUGCUGUUAUCAAUGAAGACCCCAAUGCCAAGCUUGUCCGUGAAUUAAAGGAGGAGGUGACACGACUUAAGGACCUUCUUCGUGCUCAGGGACUGGGUGAUAUCAUUGAUACAUCCAUGGGGUCCCUUACUUCAUCUUCAUCUUCCUGCUCACUCAGUAGUCAGGUGGGCUUAACAUCUGUGAGCAGCAUUCAGGAGAGGAUCAUGUCUACUCCUGGAGGGGAGGAAGCCAUCGAACGUCUAAAGGAAUCAGAGAAGAUCAUUGCUGAGUUGAAUGAAACCUGGGAAGAGAAGCUGCGUAAAACAGAGGCCAUCAGAAUGGAAAGAGAGGCCUUGUUGGCUGAGAUGGGAGUUGCCAUUCGGGAAGAUGGAGGAACUCUGGGGGUUUUCUCACCUAAAAAGACCCCACAUCUUGUAAACCUCAAUGAGGACCCACUGAUGUCGGAAUGCCUGCUUUAUUACAUCAAAGAUGGAAUUACAAGAGUUGGCCAAGCAGAUGCUGAGCGGCGCCAGGACAUCGUGCUGAGCGGGGCUCACAUUAAAGAGGAGCAUUGUAUCUUCCGGAGCGAGAGAAACAACAGCGGGGAUGUUAUCGUGACUCUGGAGCCUUGUGAACGCUCAGAAACCUACGUAAAUGGCAAGAGGGUGGCCCAGCCUGUCCAGCUGCGCUCAGGAAACCGUAUCAUCAUGGGUAAAAACCAUGUGUUUCGUUUUAACCACCCUGAGCAAGCACGGGCUGAGCGGGAAAAGACUCCUUCUGCUGAGACCCCCUCUGAGCCUGUAGAUUGGACAUUUGCCCAGAGAGAGCUUCUGGAAAAACAAGGAAUUGAUAUGAAACAGGAGAUGGAGAAAAGGUUACAGGAAAUGGAAAUCCUAUACAAAAAGGAGAAGGAGGAAGCAGAUCUUCUCUUGGAACAGCAGAGACUGGACUAUGAGAGUAAAUUGCAGGCCUUGCAGAAGCAGGUGGAGACUCGAUCCCUGGCUGCAGAAACAACUGAAGAGGAAGAAGAGGAAGAAGAAGUUCCUUGGACACAACAUGAAUUUGAGCUGGCCCAGUGGGCCUUCCGGAAGUGGAAGUCUCACCAGUUUACUUCUUUAAGGGACUUACUCUGGGGCAAUGCUGUGUACCUGAAGGAGGCCAAUGCCAUCAGCGUGGAACUGAAGAAGAAGGUGCAGUUCCAGUUUGUGCUGCUUACGGACACAUUGUACUCCCCUUUGCCUCCGGAAUUACUUCCCACUGACAUGGAAAAAACUCAUGAAGACCGGCCUUUUCCUCGGACAGUGGUGGCAGUAGAAGUCCAGGAUCUGAAGAAUGGUGCAACACAUUAUUGGUCGUUGGAGAAACUCAAGCAGAGGCUGGACUUGAUGCGAGAGAUGUAUGACAGGGCAGGUGAGAUGGCCUCCAGCGCCCAAGACGAAAGCGAAACCACCAUGACAGGCAGUGACCCGUUUUAUGAUCGGUUCCAUUGGUUCAAACUUGUCGGCAGCUCCCCCAUUUUCCAUGGCUGUGUGAAUGAGCGCCUUGCCGACCGCACACCCUCCCCCACUUUUUCCACGGCUGAUUCCGACAUCACUGAGCUGGCUGACGAGCAGCAAGAUGAGAUGGAGGAUUUUGAUGAUGAGGCGUUCGUGGAUGACACCGGCUCUGACGCAGGGACGGAGGAGGGAUCAGAUCUCUUCAGUGACGGGCAUGACCCGUUUUACGACCGAUCCCCAUGGUUCAUUUUAGUGGGAAGGGCAUUUGUAUACCUGAGCAAUCUGCUGUAUCCCGUGCCCCUGAUCCACAGGGUGGCUGUUGUCAGCGAGAAGGGUGAAGUGCGGGGAUUUCUGCGGGUGGCGGUCCAGGCCAUUGCAGCGGAUGAAGAAGCUCCUGAUUAUGGCUCUGGAAUUCGACAGUCAGGAACUGCUAAAAUAUCUUUUGAUAACGAGUAUUUUAAUCAGAGUGACUUUUCUUCCGUUGCAAUGACUCGUUCUGGCCUGUCCUUGGAAGAGCUAAGGAUUGUGGAAGGACAGGGUCAGAGUUCUGAGGUCAUCAGUCCUCCAGAAGAAAUCAAUCGAAUGAAUGACUUGGAUUUGAAGUCGAGCACUUUGCUGGAUGGGAAGAUGGUCAUGGAAGGGUUUUCUGAAGAGAUUGGCAACCACCUGAAACUGGGCAGUGCCUUCACUUUCCGUGUGACCGUGUUGCAGGCCAGCGGGAUCCUCCCGGAGUACGCAGACAUCUUCUGUCAGUUCAACUUUUUGCAUCGCCAUGAUGAAGCAUUCUCCACUGAACCCCUCAAAAACAACGGCAGAGGAAGUCCUCUGGGCUUCUACCAUGUGCAGAAUAUUGCAGUGGAGGUCACUGAGUCGUUUGUGGAGUACAUCAAAACCAAGCCGAUAGUAUUUGAAGUCUUCGGGCAUUAUCAGCAGCACCCACUUCACCUGCAAGGACAGGAUCUGAACAGUCCUCCUCAGCCAUCUCGACGGUUCUUCCCUCCGCCGAUGCCGCUCUCCAAGCCAGUUCCAGCCACCAAGUUAAACACCAUGAGCAAAACCAGCCUUGGCCAGAGCAUGAGCAAGUAUGAUCUCCUGGUUUGGUUUGAGAUCAGCGAACUGGAGCCUACAGGAGAGUAUAUCCCAGCUGUGGUGGACCACACAGCAGGCUUGCCCUGCCAGGGGACAUUCCUGCUUCACCAGGGCAUCCAGCGAAGGAUCACAAUGACCAUCGUCCAUGAGAAGGGAAGCGAGCUCCACUGGAAAGAUGUUCGUGAGCUGGUGGUAGGGCGGAUUAGGAAUAAGGCUGAGGUGGAUGAAGCUGCGAUUGAUGCCAUCCUCUCCCUAAAUAUCAUCUCUGCCAAGUACCUGAAGUCUUCCCUCAACUCCAGCAGGACCUUCUACCGUUUUGAGGCCGUGUGGGACAGCUCCCUCCACAACUCCCUCCUUCUCAACCGAGUGACACCCUACGGGGAAAAGAUCUACAUGACCUUGUCGGCCUACCUAGAGCUGGAUCAUUGCAUCCAGCCCGCUGUCAUCACCAAGGACGUGUGCAUGGUCUUCUACUCUCGGGACGCCAAGAUCUCACCCCCACGCUCCCUGCGCAGCCUCUUUGGCAGUGGCUACUCGAAGUCACCGGACUCCAAUCGAGUCACUGGAAUUUAUGAACUCAGUUUAUGCAAAAUGGCAGACACAGGUAGUCCAGGCAUGCAGAGGAGGAGGAGAAAAGUCUUGGACACGUCAGUGGCCUAUGUGCGGGGGGAGGAGAACUUAGCUGGCUGGCGGCCCCGUGGGGACAGCCUCAUCCUGGAGCACCAGUGGGAGCUGGAGAAGCUGGAGCUCAUCCAUGAGGUGGAGAAAACCCGCCACUUCCUGCUUCUGCGUGAGAGACUUGGUGACAGCACCCCCAAAUCCCUGAGCGACUCCUUGUCCCCCAGCCUGAGCAGUGGCACCCUCAGCACCUCCACCAGCAUCUCCUCUCAGAUCUCAACCACCACCUUUGAAAGUGCCAUCACGCCCAGCGAGAGCAGUGGCUACGACUCCACAGACAUUGAAAGCCUGGUGGACCGCGAGAAAGAGCUGGCCACCAAGUGUCUGCAACUUCUCACCCACACUUUCAACCGAGAGUUCAGCCAGGUGCACGGCAGCAUCAGUGACUGUAAGCUGUCGGACAUCUCUCCAAUUGGACGGGAUCCCUCUGUGUCCAGCUUCAGCAGCUCGACCCUCACUCCCUCCUCCACCUGCCCCUCUCUGGAUCAGAAGACCCCAGAAGCCAAUUCCCAGGCCUCUAGUCCCUGUCCAGAAUUUGAGCAGUUUCAGAUUGUCCCAACUGUGGAAACACCGUAUUUGGCCCGAGCAGGGAAAAAUGAAUUUCUCAACCUUGUUCCAGAUAUUGAAGAAAUUAGACCAGGCUCAGUGGUUUCCAAGAAAGGAUACCUGCAUUUCAAGGAGCCAUUUUCCAGCAACUGGGCUAAGCAUUUUGUUGUGGUCCGUCGCCCUUACGUCUUCAUCUAUAACAGUGACAAGGACCCGGUGGAACGUGGCAUCAUUAACCUGUCCACAGCGCAGGUGGAAUACAGCGAGGACCAGCAGGCCAUGGUGAAGAGUCCUAACAUCUUUGCUGUGUGCACGAAGCACCGUGGGGUCCUUUUGCAGGCCCUCAACGACAAGGAUAUGAGCGACUGGUUAUAUGCCUUCAAUCCUCUCCUUGCUGGCACAAUACGAGCGGACAUUGCACUGAUCGGACUGGCCGUCAUGGGCCAGAACCUCAUUCUGAACAUGAACGACCACGGCUUUGUGGUGUGUGCGUUUAACAGGACGGUCUCCAAGGUGGAUGACUUCCUGGCCAAAGAGGCGAAGGGAACCAAGGUGAUCGGCGCGCACUCCCUGGAGGAGAUGGUGUCCAAGCUGAAGAAGCCACGGCGAGUCCUGCUGCUGGUGAAGGCCGGCCUGGCCGUGGACGACUUCAUUGAGAAACUGGUCCCGCUGUUGGAACCUGGUGACAUCAUCAUCGAUGGGGGGAACUCCGAAUACAGGGACACCACGAGGCGAUGCCAACAGCUCAAGGCCAAGGGGAUCCUGUUUGUGGGGAGCGGCGUCAGUGGCGGAGAGGACGGUGCCCGGCACGGCCCCUCGCUCAUGCCCGGAGGGAACAAAGCCGCCUGGCCCCACAUCAAGACCAUCUUCCAGGGCAUCGCCGCGAAAGUGGGAACCGGAGAGCCCUGCUGUGACUGGGUGGGAGAGGAGGGAGCGGGCCACUUCGUGAAGAUGGUGCACAACGGGAUCGAGUACGGGGACAUGCAGCUGAUCUGCGAGGCCUACCACCUGAUGAAGGACGUCCUGGGCAUGGAACACAGCGAGAUGGCAGAGGCGUUUGAGAAGUGGAAUAAGACAGAGCUGGACUCGUUCCUGAUUGAAAUCACAGCCGACAUCCUCAAGUUCCGAGACGGCGACGGCACCCACCUGCUGCCCAAGAUCCGGGACAGCGCGGGGCAGAAGGGCACGGGGAAGUGGACCGCCAUCUCGGCGCUGGAGCACGGCGUGCCCGUCACCCUCAUCGGAGAAGCAGUCUUUGCCCGGUGCCUGUCCUCCCUGAAGGACGAGCGGGUUCAGGCCAGCAAAAAGCUGAAGGGCCCUCAGAAGACCCAGUUCAGUGGGGAUAAGGAGUCGUUCCUGGAGGACAUUCGGAAGGCCCUCUAUGCCUCCAAGAUCAUCUCUUACGCUCAAGGCUUCAUGCUGCUGAGACAGGCGGCCACCGAAUUCGGCUGGACCCUCAACUACGGCGGCAUCGCCCUGAUGUGGAGGGGCGGCUGCAUCAUCCGCAGCGUCUUCCUGGGAAAGAUAAAGGAGGCGUUUGACCGGCACCCGGGACUCCAGAACCUGCUGCUGGACGACUUCUUCCAGUCAGCCAUGGAGAGCUGCCAGGACUCCUGGCGGCGGGCGAUCAGCACCGGUGUCCAGGCGGGCAUCCCCUUGCCCUGCUUCACCACCGCGCUCUCCUUCUACGACGGCUACAGACAUGACACACUGCCGGCCAACCUGAUCCAGGCUCAGCGGGAUUACUUCGGGGCUCACACCUACGAACUCCUAGCCAGCCCGGGGAAGUUUAUCCACACCAACUGGACCGGCCACGGCGGCAGCGUGUCCUCAUCUUCCUACAACGCCUAA